AUGCCAAAAAGGUCGGCAGGUUGCUUUGAGUGCAGGAAGAGGAAAGUACGAUGCGACGAGACCAAACCAGAAUGCAAUACUUGCGUGAGGCGCGGAACAAAAUGUCCUGGAUACCGGCCGACGCAAGCCUUCAUUCUUCAUAAUUUUGAUGCACAGGGGGAGAAGCCGGCUCUCAUCAAAGAGGAUGAGAACCGCUACAGAUACGCAAAUCAAGCUUCGUCAAGCUCAACAGACGCUGGAAAUCUCCCAGGAAAUGUUCUCGUACGCCGAGAGGAGUUGCAAACGGAACCUGUUGAUGCGCCUCUUCCCAAGCAGGUCAGCGCAGUUGCCGCCGACAGAAUACAGCACCUAGGCACCUUCAUUGCGCUGUAUUUGCCCAGAGCUGAAGGCCCAGCACUGCCACCUCCAUCAGCCCUAAUGCUUGGCUUACCUACUAUGCCCGCAAACAGUCCAGUACUGAUGGCUGCGAUCGAUGCAUUAUCUGCAGCACAAUUAGCAGUGAACAACAGAAAUCAUCCGCUCAUCCAUCGCUCAAGAUCACUUUACGGCACAGCGCUGAGCCAGAUGAUGCGCGCGAUCCAAGAUCCAGUCACAGCCUUGAAAGACGAAACGCUGCUAUCAACGUAUAUGCUCACGCUCUAUGAAGUUUUUGUGGGUGUCACACAAGGCCAUGGAUUCUUUUACCAUGUUCAAGGCCUGUUGCAUCUGUUAAGGCAGCGUGGGCCAGCUUCUUUUGAGAGCCGAUUGAGCAUGCAAAUUUUCCAUGCCAUACGGUACAACUCGUUGAGUAUCGGCUAUCACAUGCGGAAGGCCUCGAUGUUGGACAGCCCAGAAUGGCUGGCAGUGACAGCCAAAGCGGCCAAAGUGGAUCCAUAUGUUGCUCUGAACGAUAUCUGUAUACACAUCCCACGACUUCUAGAGCGUACAGACAAAAUUGCUAGGCCAGGGUGCCCACAAGAAGAGAUAGAUACUCUUAUCGAGGAUUCACAACAAAUCGCAAAUCGUGCUUUCGAGUGGCUCUCGACUUUCGAAAGAAAUGGUCCGCGAUACGACAUGGUAGACAUAGCAUCGAUGGAAGGCUUCUUGGAUAUCUGCGCAGACCGCGUGUUCGAUCCGAUAUUCUACUUCCAUUAUUUUGGCGCUGGCAUCUGCUACUUGAUCUACAAUAUGAGCAUGUUGAUCAUGCAAGGAAACACAUUCAAGCUCCUCCGUCAGCAUCGACAGCUCGAUAUAAAGCAACUUUACAUGUGGGACCGGCAACUCAGCAGCUAUGCAGAUUCAAUCUGUCGGAGCGUACCGUACAAUUGUCGACCCGUUACCGGAUAUACUGCGAAGUUCGGAUCGUUAACCCCGCUUAUGGUUGCGAGGAAGUACUAUGAGAUGAAGGGAGCUCAAACUGAAGCAGCGUGGUGCGGCAAGGUCUAUAUGGGCGCAAGAGUACCAGAGCUGUAUCAAGCGCCGAUAGCUUUGGAGCCAUUUGAAGAGGUCAAGAAGACUGUGCAGGGUAAUCCGCGAUUUAUAUGA